AUGCAGAUUAGAGUAUCAUCGGCUUUCAUCUCGAAAGCUCUUUCAUCAUCAUCUAACCUCAAAGACCUUUGUCGAAUCCACGCCGUUGUAAUCUCGCUAGGCCUUGACGGCUCUGACUUUUUCUCAGGGAAGCUUAUCGACAAGUACUCCCAUUUCAAGGAACCCGCCUCUUCUCUCUCUGUUUUCCGGCGAGUUUCUCCGGCGAAAAAUGUGUACCUCUGGAACUCAAUCAUCAGAGCGCUUUCUCAGAAUGGUUUGUUCCCUAAAGCUCUCGAAUUUUACGGGAAACUCCGAGAAACCAAUGUUUCGCCUGAUAAGUUCACGUUUCCUCCCGUCGUCAAAGCCUGCGCGGGAUUGUUGGACGCGGAGAUCGGAGACUGUGUUUACAAACAGAUACUGGAAUCGGGUUUGGAAUCUGAUUUAUACGUAGGCAAUGCACUUGUGGAUAUGUACUCGAGAAUGGGAUCGUUGGAUAGAGCACGACAAGUGUUCGACGAAAUGCCUGUUAGAGAUCUCGUGUCCUGGAACAGUUUAAUUUCCGGGUUUUGUUCACAUGGUUACUACGAGGAAGCCUUAGGAAUUUAUCAUGAAUUAAGGAAUUCUUGGAUUGUGCCAGAUUCCUUCACAUUUUCAAGUGUUUUGCCUGCCUUUGGGAAUUUGGUGCUUGUCAAAGAAGGACAGGGACUUCAUGGUUUUGCUCUCAAGUUAGGUGUUAAUUCCGCUGUGGUGGUUAACAAUGGACUACUUGCGAUGUACUUGAAAUUUAGCAGACCAACGGAUGCAAGACGAGUUUUUGAUGAGAUGGUCGUUCGAGACUCCAUUAGCUACAAUACUAUAAUCUGUGGAUUCCUCAACUCAGAGAUGUAUGAAGAAUCUUUGAGGAUGUUUUUGGAAAAUUUGGAUCAGUUCAAGCCAGAUAUCUUAACAGUUAGUUCUAUUCUCCGUGCCUGCGGACACUUACGAGACUUGCGCUUAGCAAAGUACGUUCAUGAAUAUAUGUUGAGAUCUGGAUUUGUGCUUGAAACCACUGGGAGUAACAUUCUAAUCGAUGCGUAUGCAAAGUGCGGUGACAUGAUCGCAGCAAGAGAUGUGUUCAAGAGCAUCGAAUGUAAGGAUACUGUUUCGUGGAACUCGAUAAUCAGUGGAUAUAUACAAAGCGGAGAUCUUUUGGAAGCCAUGAAACUCUUUAAGAUGAUGAUGAUGAUCAUGGAAGAGCAGGCGGAUCAUAUCACGUACGUGAUGCUUGUAUCUGUCUCCACUCGUUUAGCAGACUUAAAAUUUGGGAGAGGGCUACACUCCAACGCCACAAAAUCUGGAAUUUAUUCUGAUCUUUCUGUCAGUAACGCUUUGAUUGAUAUGUAUGCUAAGUGCGGGGAAGUAGGGGAUUCUCUUCAGAUAUUUAAUUGUAUGGAUACUCGGGAUACGGUAACAUGGAACACAGUUAUUUCAUCAUGUGUUUGUUUUGGGGAUUUCGCCACCGGUUUGCAGCUAACUUCUCAAAUGAGGACCAGCGGAGCGGUGCUAGAUAUGGCCACUUUUUUAGUUAUAUUGCCUAUGUGUGCUUCGCUUGCUGCUAAACGACCAGGCAAGGAGAUCCAUUGUUGUCUUUUAAGGUUUGGAUAUGAGUCGGAGUUGCCAAUAGGAAAUGCACUAAUCGAAAUGUACUCAAAAUGUGGUUCUUUGGAGAGUUCUUUUAGCGUCUUUAGACAUAUGAGUAGAAGAGAUGUUGUGACAUGGACAGGGAUGAUCUAUGCAUAUGGAAUGUACGGUGAAGGUGAGAAAGCUCUUGAAGCUUUUGCUGAUAUGGAAAAAUCCGGUAUUGUUCCUGAUCAUGUUGUCUUCAUUGCCAUCAUCUAUGCUUGCAGCCACUCUGGUUUGGUCGAGGAAGGCUUGGCGUGCUUCGAAAAGAUGAAAACUCACUACAAAAUCGACCCGGUGAUAGAACACUAUGCGUGUGUGGUUGAUUUGUUGUCUCGGUCACAGAAGAUUACGAAAGCCGAGGAAUUUAUCCAAGCAAUGCCGAUAAAACCCGAUGCAAGCAUAUGGGCAUCUCUGCUACGAGCUUGUCGAACAAGUGGAGACAUGGAGACUGCAGAAAGAGUGUCUAAGAGGAUCAUUGAGCUGAACCCGGAUGAUCCGGGUUACUCGAUUCUAGCAUCAAACGCUUAUGCAGCCUUGAGGAAAUGGGACAAAGUGAGCCUGAUCCGCAAAUCCUUGAAAGAAAAACCAAUGAGGAAAAAUCCGGGAUAUAGCUGGAUCGAAAUCAGUAAAAAAGUUCAUGUGUUCCGCGCAGGAGAUGAUUCAGCUCCUCAGUCCGAAGACAUCUACAAGUCACUGGAGAUACUUUACGAUCUGAUGGCUAAAGAAGGGUACAUUCCUGAUCCUCGGGAAGUCUCACAGAAUUUAGAGGAAGAGGAAGAGAAGAGACGUUUAAUCUGUGGCCACAGUGAGAGGCUAGCGAUUGCGUUUGGACUGUUGAACACAGAACCAGGGACGCCAUUGCAAGUGAUGAAGAACCUUCGUGUCUGUGGUGAUUGUCAUGAAGUGACGAAGCUGAUAUCAAAGAUCGUGGGGCGUGAGAUAUUGGUGCGGGAUGCUAAUCGGUUCCAUCUCUUCAAAGACGGUACUUGCAGCUGCAAAGAUCGGUGGUGAAUAGUUUCUUUCUUUGAUGCAACUCAGAGCGUGGAUUCGCAAAAAUCUGUCUGAAAGCAACAUUUUUUUUUGUUAUAAAUGAAGCAACAUUUUUUUGCAGAAGCAAAUCUAUCUGAAAGCAACGUUUUUUUUUGGUUAUCAAUGAAGAUUCAUCAGAGCGAAACACAUGUUUUGCAUCAAACACUUGGUAAAUUUCACAAAUCAAAACGUUCUUGAACCAUAUAUCUCAAAAGAGGUUCGGUCUUAAAGCUCCAG